AUGAGGAGAUUUUUGGUUGAGUCAGAACCAGAACCACCUCCGCCUAAUGUGGUUAAUGAGUUUAACCCAAAUGAGAUUGUGCGUGAUCCAGGUCAUAGGAAACAAAUUAAUGAGUAUGCUCCGGAUAUUCAAGAUCAAGUGAGGAGGGCAUAUAUAUUGAAAGGUCCAAUGCAACCAGAAUUGCCAAGCUUUCCUCGUACUCCAUCUGGAAGUGUUAAAAAAGCAUUUAGUAAAUCAUGGUAUAAGAAUUAUACAUGGUUAGAAUAUAGUGAGAUCAAGGAUGCAGCUUAUUGUUUUUAUUGCUUUCUCUUUAAGAAACCCGGGAGGGCCGAGCACUUUGGUUUUCAAGUCUUCACUAAAAGCGGAUAUAAAGAUUGGAAGCAUGCAUCUCAAGGCUUGAAAGAUCAUGUUGGUAGUCAUAAUAGUUUUCACAACUCAUGUGUCAAGCACUACGAUGAUUAUAAUAAUCAAAGACAAAGUGUGGCAAGUAAGUUUGUUAAAGCAACCAACGAAUCAGAAGAAUUGUAUAAGAUUCGUUUAACUUGUUCUGUAGAUUGUUCAAGAUAUCUCAUUGCACAAGGCAUGUCUUUUCGUGGCCAUGAUGAAUCCUCUAUUUCUCUAAAUAAGGGCAAUUUUAGAGAGAUGGUAGAUUGGGUAAAAGUUAAGAAUGAACAAGUGCAAGAUGCUUUUGACCAUGGUGGAAAAAAUUGCACAAUGAUUUCCGGUGAAAUUCAAAAGGAGCUUGCAAUGUGUUGUGCACAUGAAGUUACCAAGGUGAUUUUGGGAGAGCUUGGUGAUAGACAAUUCUCCGUGCUUAUUGAUGAGUCACGUGAUAUAUCCGUCAAAGAGAAAAUAGCGGUGAUGUUAAGGUUUGUGAACGAUAAAGGGAAUGUUGUGGAACGAUUUAUUGCUCUACAUCAUGUCAAAGAUACGACAUCUGAGUCAUUAAAGGACGCUCUUUAUGGUAUUCUUGAUAAGUACACGUUAUCUAUUUCAAGGAUACGAGGCCAAGGAUAUGAUGGAGCUUCAAAUAUGAGAGGUGAAUUUAAUGGUUUGCAAAGAAAGAUUCUAGACGAAAACCCUUAUGCUUUCUAUGUCCAUUGUUAUGCUCACCGUUUGCAAUUGGUUGUUGUGUCUGUUGCUAGUAGUUGCUCAUCUAUUCAUGAUUUCUUUAAGUACAUCUCCUUGAUUAUGACCACAACAAGUGCAUCUUGUAAGAGGAGGGAUGCUUUGACGGAGGCACAACACCAAGAUAUUUUAAAUAAACUUGAGAGUGGUGAGAUAUUUAGAGGAAAGGGGCUUGCACCAAUCAUCUAG